CAUUGACACUGAAAAUAAUCGGUUUGACUUCCCGUUUUGGUUUACCUGCAACGUGACCACUGUCGACCACUCCACAAGGGCCUACUGUGACCCAGUCAUUAACCGAAAUUUUUGGGAUGUUUAUUAAUCCCAACCACGUAUUAGUGGUAGAGCCAGGCAUAUAAAAAGACAUGCUCCGAGUUACAACUUAUCAAUCAUCCACAGUUCAAUCAGCAGUUCAUAUCCACCAUGUGCGGAACCAUUAAGACUUCGUGUUUCCUUCUUAUGCUGAUCCUGGCACUUGGUGGGAUUGCGGCUCAGCCAACCAAGUCAGGAAAACGCCUGCAGAAGCAAGAGGUUGCUCCAUAUCCAUCCGCCGAGGAGCUUAAACCUGAAAUCCCCUUCGAAGAAGGAGUGCCAGAUGAGACCUACGGACCUCCGGAUCUAACCUAUGGACCACCACCCACUUAUGCCGUGGAGCAACUGCCCAGUGACGAAGAGCCACAGGAUUUUACUCCCGAUCCGGACGCUGAAGAAGUUCAGCCCGUGGAACAGCAACCGGCUCGCCUAACCAAGCAACUGAAACGUCGGCCACAGUCCCAAGGAUUGGUGCUCCUGUCGGCGAAUAGCAAUGGUGUUCCCCUUCAAGUGGCAAUUCAACCUUUGUGGUAA